AUGAUUCCUAGGCAAGAUAAGAAGGGAUCACUUCAGCUGAAGAAUGCGGACGAGGUCGUGGCAAGGAAACAGGCAGCGAUGAAGGCAUAUGUAGAUCAUAAAAGGAAAGCUAGAGCUUCGUCCUUUUCUCCCGGAAGUUGGGUAAGAGUAAAGCGUCCGCUAAGAGGCCAUAAGUUGAAGUCGCAAUUGUCCGAUCCAGUAGAAGUCUGGUCAAGGGUAGGGAAGGACACUUACCUGCUACAAGAUGGACGUCUGUGGCAUGCUGACCAAUUAAUUGCUGUGGCGAAGCCAGCUGGUGUUGCAAAUACAGCUGCAGUACUCAGCUGGACUGAUGGGGAAGAGGAGAUCUCAGAAGACAUGACAGGAAAUCAACACGAUGGGGGAAAUGUCGAAGUCGAAGGAGAGGCAGCAAGUGAUGCAGGCACUGCCCAUGAUCAUGAAAAUGAGACAGAAACAACAAGGCCAAAACGAGUGAGGACAAGGCCCAAACGCUUCGAAGAUUUUGAGGUGGAAUAUGCAACUCGAUUAGAAGGGGGAGAAAAUGUUGUGUCACAGUGUUUGUAGAUGCUUGCUAGCAUACGGGAACUGGGGUUUUG